GCCCGCUCUAGCCCGGCCCAGAGAAGCCUCCGGUGCCUCGGGCUGGGCGGACUCGGCGGCGUUCUCCCGACCCUGCUCCGCCCCUGCCGCCCGUCCUGCGCCGUUCAGCGCUGGCCCGGCCCGGCCCGUCCCGUCCCGGAUGGCCGCGAUCUCUCGGGCACCCGCGGGCCGAGGGCAGGGCCGCAGCCAUGUACCCCGCAGGACCGGCACCCGUGGUGACUUAACGGUGGUGGACAGAGAGCUGGAGAAUGCUGGAAGAACUCUGUCCCGCCAUGGCCGGUUCCUGAAGCUGUGCGAUGGAAGCGCUGGUGGGACGCAGCGGAGCCAGCGGCCGGGAAGCGCCGUGUGGGCAGGGAGCAGCCGCGCAGCCCCGAGCGCUGCGGGCAGCGCCGCCCACACGCGGCUAAACGCAGUCCUGAAUAAAGUGGCGCAACUAGAAAGCAAAAUCAUGGGUCAAAAAAAGCACCUGGAACUGCAGAACACCGACUCUGGCCUGAAGCCUUUGGCUGAGGGGUGCGCCUCCUCCGCCUCUGGGCAUGAAGGUAGUGCCAAGGGCAAGAGGUACUGGAAGAAUUAUGGUACCACCAGUGGGAAUGGGACCUGCAGGGAUGCCUGUUCUGGGGAAGAGGAGAGCAUGCAAAGCCCUGAAAGGAGUGUUAUGGUUAAACAACAGCUUGAUCUGGAUAGUGAUGAAGAGGAAAUGAGAGAAUUGAUGGAGAGCUCUUUGGGGUUUUCCAGUGGAAGUGGGAAUCAGAAGGUUCUGAGUAAGACUCCAGUUCUAUCAGGAAAGGCUCCUCCACCUCGUAAGGAAGUUUCAUCGGCAGAGUUAUCUAAAGCAUCUUCUUCUCACAACAAAGACUCAGAAAAAAGUGUGUUUGGUAGAGUUAAUUCACCAGCACCACCCACCAGCAGAAACCUGUCAGGACAUCCCACAUCUUCCAUGAAAGACAACACUGUAAAGAGUGCUCUGCCUGAAGCAGGCUACACCAAGCAAAGCCAAGAAUCCAUUGAAAGUGUCAGAAGUGAAAUAAAGUCAUUAGAUGAAUUAUUUUCUGAAGGAGCUGAUGCAGAAGAUCCAUCCAGCAGCAGUUUGAAAUACUUUGGACUGAAUAUCAUGAGCCUUGAUGAUUUGGCACCAGAUACUACCAGUAAGGCAGCAGAAUUAAAACAGAAAGGAGAAGACAUUCAGUUUACUCAAGAAUCAAACAAGUAUGUGAAAAAAGAUACAUUGCUGGUGGAAGAGGACCAGGCCACUGUAAAAAUGACCAGUGCAGUAACUGCCGUGAGUGAUUCUUCUAUAGAAGAAGUUGAAAAAUGUGUCUCCGAAGCUGAAAUCUCUGAACAUUUAAGUGGAGUUUCCUCAGAUUUCCCUCCACACAAACGGGAUUAUCUUAAUCAGAAUGAGAGUACUCUUAAUUCAGAAUAUUCUGAAGACUUUGAAAGGUCUCUGUCUGCAGCAGACAGGGAAUCUGUAGAGGGACAUGCGGAGAGCUGCAGGUGUUCUGGAGCACACCCAUCUUCAGGGUCAUCCCCGCUGGUCGCCCCAGAGCAGCCCCGGGGGCACCAAGUGAGCGUCAGGGAAACUGCAGUCCAGACAGCAGAGCCUCCCUUCACCUACUGCUGGGCAAAGGCCAGUAAUUGUGAUGCUAUCCUCUGCACAGCAAACCCCGCUGCAGUGCUCGCCCCACCUGUCGGAACCACCUGCAUUGAUCCAGUGCCAAUUGCCAGUCACGUGAUCAGCAUGGACGCAGUAGAAGCCCUGACCGCGUACAGCCCCUCGGUUCUCGUCUUGCACGCCGUGUGCAAGCAGCACCUGAUGCUGACCCAGCAGUUUGUCGAGAACGUUCGCCACCUUCACACAGCCCUCGUGGAGUCAUUAGAGCACGAGAAGUUUCACUACCAUACCCUGGAAGAGGCUAAAGAGUACAUCAAGAAUCACAAAUCCCCACCUCUAACCAUUGAGCAAGCGCUUGAAGAAAUUCGGAGAGAGCCCAGGAGAAAUAACUGCUGGGACAGUUAUUGAACUUCAAGUGACAUUUAUAUUCACAGGUCUAAGGCUGAAACAAUAAACCUUUUCAAGUUGCACAGA